AUGCUAUUGCUAUUUAGCAGUAGCGUCGGACAACACCAGCGCUGCAAGCGCACGUUAGCAGUAGCGCGGGAUUUCCAGGCCAGCGCUGCUCUUGAUGGGCCACGCUCUCGUCCCCCUGUUGCAGCUUUAGCUAUAGCGCUGGGCCUCCUCCCCCGCGCUGCCGCUAAGCCCACCUAUGCUUCCUCCCGCGCCGGCCCGCGCGCCCCUCCCCUCUCACUCACUCACACUCACACGCUCACACUCACAGAUCGAAUCCCUCAAUCCCCCGAUCCGGCCGCCGCCCCCGCGUCCUACUCCGGCCGCCCUCCCCCGCGCGGCCCCUCUUCCCCCGUCGGCCAACCUUCCCCGCGCCGGCCCUCCUCCCCUGCCAGCCGCCCCCUCGCACCGGCCAUCCUCCCCCGCCGGUCGCCACCCCGCGCCGGCCCUCCUCCACCGAGCCCCGAUGACGACGGGUACGAGCUCUACAAGGGGCUCAUCCGCAAGCAGGAGCGCUUGUGGAUCGGCAAGAACACGGCCUUGCGCACCAAGAUCAUCAGCGCUCUGCAUGACAGCGCGGUUGGUGGUCACUCCGGCGCUACGGCCACCUACCAGCGCAUCAAGAAACUUUUCGUGUGGGACGGAUUGUAG